UCCGUUCGCAUCUCCUCAAGUUCAGUUCAGGACCGUCGAAAUACCGUUAUUUCACUCCACCGUCGUUGUCGUUGCGCGUGCUCCCCCGUACAUUCCGACUUUUCUGUAAGUAAGCCUUGGUUUCUUCUAGAUCUGAGCAGUUGCCUUGAGUUUUCGGUGCUGAAUGGCAUGUCCAUUCAUCUCAUAGAGCUCCCGGACAACGCCAUCAUCAAACUCCAGUUUCUGUUACACCAAGACGUUCCAUGGCGAUGCAUGAUUACUCACUAUUAGUUUGUACACAGUGAACGAACAUAAUAAAUCCAUCCACUCAUCCACCGGUACACGAUAAUUGAAGUCCAAUCUUUCAUAAUGGUUGCCUACAGCACUACUCUCCUGGCUCUUGCCAGCUCCUUGACCCUUGUCUCCGCCGAUUACUGGGUCAACACAAGCAACAUCGACAUGGGCACAAAGCGAAACUGGUGCAUGAACGAAUUGGCCAGCUGCCCCCUUAUUUGCCAGCAGGAGGAUCUUGGUCCUGUCGACAAAAACCUUUGCGAUGCUGACACCCUUGAAUACGCCUGCGUUUGCGGCAACGGCCAGACUCCCAACUUGACUGAGUACACUUUGACAAUUCCUUACCACACCUGCGUUGAGUGGGUUCAGGAAUGUAUCAAUGACAACAUGGGCGACAACAUUGCGCAGGGCGCCUGCGCCCAGGACCACCCAUGCGGUGCUAAGAACCCCAAGAGAUCCAACGCGACCACGACGUCGACUGCUUCUGCUACCGCGAGCCCAACCGCUUCCAGCACAGGCACUGGCGUCUAUAACGGCCUUGCCGGUGGUAGCACCGAUGACGCGGAUUCGAGCAACAAUGGCGGCCACAAAAAGAACGCUGCUCCCCAUAUGCUGGAGUCGAUUAGCGCAACCCUCAUCUUCGGCAGUCUCUUUGCUGGUUUCGCCAUCAUGCUCUAGGCUAGCGUUAUUUUGACGUUUGCGACCAUACCGGAUGUGCGUCGAGCUUUUUGGGAGGGACUUAAAUGUUAAAGAUUGACCUUCUGACGGACUAUCAAUUGCUGCCCGAUGGACGGCAGCAGAGUCCGUUGAGGCCAAAAGGGAGCUUUCAGGAUAUGAAGCAGUGGAGGAUGUCAUCGAUCACAUGCCCUCACGGAGCCACGACACGCUAUCCUCGACACUACAUUAAUAUUACAACAAGCGCAUGGACAGUCCUUCCUUUUUUUAAGGCGUUUCUGGAGCACUAUGGCAUCUUGCGAAUUUUGGAUGGAAAGGGGAAAUCAUUUUGUCAAGCGGUUGCGGGGCGUUUCUCUCAGUUUUAUGUACAUGACUACUGUGGUUAACACGCCUAAUUGUGGAAUGUUUAUUGUGUCACAUCAUGAUUAACGGUUUCUGGAUUUGGCAUCGG